UUCGCGGGCUAGGGUGUACCGGGAAGGUGCUCGCGGGCUGGAAGUCCGGACAGCGGGUUGCUGGAGGUGUCUGCAGUCUCACGGCCGGCCGUGGGGCUGCGGGAUCCGGACCGGCCUUCGAGUCUCCUGCACCGGGGCGGUGCGUGCUCGCUCCCUGCUCGGUUCUUGGCCGGGACGUCUCACCGGUAGACCUGAGCGCGCCCGUGAUUCCUGGACGUCGGACCCAGCUCUUUGGAGGACCAUGUCAUUGGAGUUUGGCAGUGUAGCACUGCAGACACAAAAUGAAGAUGAAGAAUUUGACAAAGAAGACUAUGAAAGGGAAAAAGAGUUGCAGCAGCUACUCACAGACCUCCCGCAUGACAUGCUGGAUGACGAGCUGUCCUCUCCUGAGCGCCGUGAUUCUGACUGCAGUGUGGACGGCAUAGCGGGAGAACUGUAUCCUUCUGAGCAUCUGGAAAGGAAGUGGAUUGAGCGUGACAUCCUGCCCAAGCCUCACGGCGUGAAUUGUGGCAAUGGCUGGGAAGAGAAUCGAAGUAAACCCGAAGACCAGCGUCUUGGGUACCAUCCCGGAGAAGGGGAUGAAGGUGGAAGUGGCUAUAGCCCUCCGGGCAAACAGGAGCAGGCAGACUUGUAUCGCCUUCCUGAAGACUUCAGGCCAUACACUGGCGGUCAGAAGCAGGCAGCCAGCAUCAUUACGUUCUCAGAUCCUCAGAGGGACAGUUUUCAGCAAUUUGGUUUAUCUCAAGGACCCAACUGUCAAGCUUUGGAGCCAUGUAAAGCUAUCUAUAAACCUUACCCCUCUUCUGUGCAGAAGACUAGUCCACCAGCCCAGGAGAUAGCAGGAAGUGACAUGUUUGAAGGCUUGCAGCAACAAUUUUUAGGAGCUAAUGAAACAGACUCUGCAGAAAAUAUACAUAUUAUUCAACUCCAGGUUCUUAACAAAGCAAAGGAGAGACAACUGGACAGCUUAGUUGAAAAACUGAAUGACCGCGAACGCCAGAUUCGGUAUCUGAACCACCAGCUGCUAAUAGUCCAAGAUGAGAAGGACGGCUUGGCCCUCAGCCUUCGGGAAUCCCAGAAGCUCUUUCAGAGUGGAAAGGAGAGGGAGAUGCAGCUUGAAGCACAGAUACAUGCACUGGAGACUCAGAUCGAAGCCUUCAAAGUCAGUGAAGAGAAGCUCACCAAGAAGCUCAGAACAACUGAGAUCACCCUGGAAAGCCUGAAACAGCAACUGGUGGAGCUCCAUCAUUCCGAGUCGCUUCAGCGAGCCAGAGAGCAGCAUGAGAGCGUCGUUGCGGGCCUCACACAGAAGUACGAAGAGCAGGUGUCAUCCCUACAGAAGAAUUUGGACACUACCAUAACAGCCCUUCAGGAACAGGAAGGUGUUUGCACACGCUUGAAGGAUCACGUGCAGCAGCUGGAGCGGAACCAGGAAGCAGUCAGACUGGAGAAGACGGAGCUCAUUAACAGGCUGACGAGGAGUCUAGAGGACAGUCAGAAGCAGUGUGCCCACCUGCUGCAGUCAGGCUCUGUGCACGAGGUGACUCAGCUCCAGUUCCAGUUGCAGCAAGCCCAGAAGGCGCACAUCCUGAGUGAGAGCAUGAAUAAGGCGUUGCAAGAGGAAUUAACAGGGCUUAAGGAGGAGAUUUCUCUCUAUGAAUCAGCCGCGGAGCUCGGAGUCCUUCCAGGUGACGCAGAAGGAGACCUGAGUGUAGAGCUCACUGAGUCAUGUGUGGGCUUGGGCAUUAAACACGUCAGUUGGAAACAGUCCAAAGCUAACAGUGUUGCACAGCAAGAACCCCCAGAUGAAAAGCUUUCGAAGGAUGAGGUUAUCCUGAAGUUGAAAACACAAGUUCAGCGCUUGCUGUCUAGCAACUCCAUGAAGCGUCACCUGGUGUCUGAGCUGCAGAGAGAUCUGAGAGACUGCCGGGAGACCAUGGAAGCCCUGCAGCAGUCGAAGGACGGUGACAGAGGCAUGGAGACUAAAACAGAGACCUCUGGAAAAACAACUAAUCAGUUAUGGCUUGAUUCUCCUGAAGCAAUUAACAGAGAAGACAUUCUGCGACUGAAAAAUGAAGUGGAAGUUUUACAACAGCAGAAUCAGGAACUUAAAGAGGCUGAAGAAAAACUGAGAAGUGCAAACCAAGACUUGUGUAAUCAGAUGAGACAGAUGGUGCAGGAGUUUGACCACGACAAGCAGGAAGCUGUGGAUAGGUGUGAGAGGACUUACCAGCUGCACCACGAAGCCAUGAAGGCCCAGAUCCGAGAGAGCCUUCUAGCAAAGCACGCUGCCGAGAAGCAGCAUCUCUCUGAGGUCUACGAGGGGACCCAGUCACAGCUCAGGUCUGACCUGGAUAAGCUGAACAAGGAGGUGGCUGCUGUGCAGGAGAGCUACCUGGAAGUGUGCAGAGAGAAGGAUGAGCUGGAAUCCACUCUCAGGAAGACCAUGGAGAAGGCUCAGGAGCAGAAGAGACAGCUUUUGGAAGACAGAGAAGAACAUGUACGCAAACUGAAGCUAGAACUAGAGGAGAGGUACCAAGAAACGCUGAAGGCGGAGAAGCAGAGCUGGCUGAAGGCGCAGGCCGCUGGAGCUACGCAGGUGGAGCACGAGAGCAGACAAAAACUCAUUCAACAGCUGGAAAAGGAGUGGCAGUCCAAACUGAAUCACAGUCUCCCGGCUCGGAGAAAGGCAACCUCAGACUGUGGCAGCCAGACAGACCAGGCCGCCUGUCCUGCUGCCAUGCCUAGCGCAGAGGCAUUAGUCCUGGCAGAGGAGCAGGCUCAUCAAGUCCAGCAGGAGAAGGAGCUUACUGUCAAGGAGGCUCUGAGGAAGUCGGAAGUCGAGUUGGAGCUCAAGUACUGUGAGAGUAUUGCACAGAAGGUGGAAACUGCUGUGCAGAAUGCCCGCAGUCGCUGGAUACUGGAGCUGCCCAUGCUUGCAGAGUACAAGGCUCUGCUCAGAGCCCAGCAGCAGGAGUGGGCGAAGCAGCAGGAGGUGGCUGUGGUCCAUAGACUGUCACUUGCACUCUCUGAAGCUAAAGAGAAGUGGAAAAGUGAGCUUCAGAAUAUGAAGCCAAAUGUAGCGUCUGUCAAGGAACUGGAAGAGAAAAUUCACUCUCUGCAGAAGGAACUGGAGUUGAAGGAUGAGGAAGUCCCUGUGGCUGUCAGGGCUGAGUUGGCUAAGGCCAGAACUGAAUGGAACAAAGAAAAACAGGAAGAAAUCCACAAGAUUCAAGAACAAAACGAGGAAGAUUAUCGGCAGUUUUUAGAGGACCAUCGAAAUAAAAUUAAUGAGGUGCUUACAGCAGCUAAAGAGGACUUUGUGAAGCAGAAAACCGAACUACUUCUUCAGAAGGAGACAGAAUUCCAGGCAUGUCUGGACCAGAGUCGCAAGGAGUGGGCACUGCAGGAAGCCCAGCGGACACAACUGGAAGUCCAUCGGUACGAGGACGACAUCCUCACUGUGCUUGACUUUCUCCUGAGGGACACCCGGCUGGAAUAUGAUGGUGAUUCACAAGGCAAGCAGCUUUUGGAAGUCAUGUCAGUUUGUUCUUCAAAAUGGUCAUCUGUUCAGUAUUUUGAGAAAGUCAAAGCCUGCAUACACAAAGCUCUUCAAGAUACAUUGUCCUUGCUUAUAGACAACAUUGCCUCAGAACGGGAGAAGAGAAACGUGGUCAAGACCUCUGCAGAUGCUGUCAGCUGGGACACUGGCCAGGGAGAUUCUGGGGUCCCAGCACCCCCUCCUGUCUCCACCUCUGGACCCAGUGCACAGUCGUCGGCCUUGCUGGAAGCGGAAGCACAAACCGAUAAAAAGAUCUUUGAAAUGAAAGAUUUAUGCUGUGGACACUGCUUCCAGGAACUUGAAAAGGAAAAGCAGGAGUGUCAAGAUCUGAGAAGGAAACUGGAGAAGAGCCGCAGGCACCUUCAGCAUUUAGAAAGGACGCACAAAGCCACGGUGGAGAAACUUGGAGAGGAGAACAGCAGGGUGGUUGAAGAAUUAAUAGAGGAGAACCAUGACAUGAAGAAUAAGCUGGAGACACUGAGGGCCCUUUGCAGAACACCGCCACAGUCACUGUCUGCAGGAGCCGCUGAGAGUGCUAGGCUGCUCUGCAGUGGGCAGGCCUUGGAAGAACUCCGCGGGCAGUACAUUAAAGCCGUGAAAAAAAUUAAACGUGACAUGCUUCGUUACAUUCAGGAGAGCAGGGAAAGGGCCACGGAGAUGGUGAAGGCAGAAGUGUUGCGGGAGCGGCAGGACACUGCCCGGAAGAUGCACAAGUACUAUCUGAGUUGCCUUCAGCAGAUCCUGGAGGAUAACGGGAAGGAAGAGGGAGCUGAGAAAAAGAUUAUGAGUGCUGCUAGCAAGCUCGCUACAAUGGUGGGGUUGCUGGGGACAAUCGCAGAGUCCGGCUGCAGAGUCAGCUGCGCCCAGGCAGGCCACUCAGUAGCACUUCCCCUGGCUUCAGAGAUGCUGACGGGCGUUGAAAGAUCAGAGAGGAGUGAUGUGAGUCAAAGUACUCCACAUUACGUGGAAAGCAAACCGAGCAGUGGAGAGACUAUCCCCAGGAGUGCGUGUGAGCGGUGGCCUGGGAGGAAGGCUGAGCCCAGUUCACAGAGGCGGUUAGAGGAUUGGAAGCACAGAGCAGUGAAACCCGUGACUUCCACAACUUUGCCUUCGGACUGUCAGUGUGGGGAUGGGAGCUGCAGAUACUCAGACAACUUGGCAAAGGAUGUGGCCCCCGAGUUUCUUCCAUGCCGGGGCGAAGGAGGCUUUGAUUUGCAGGAGAAGAAAGAAGCACUUGGAGCCGGCUCUGAGUCGCUGCUUUACUCAGCAAAUACUCACUCCCUCCUUGGUGGUGCCGAAAAGAAACCGUCUCCUAGACUCACCUCAGAGUCCGUGCACACAACCCUGAGAGGUCCCAGGGAAAUACCAAAGUCAAAGCCGUUUGUGUGUGGUUCUCUAAUAGAAACCGAGAGUGUUGCGUCUGAGAAGAGUCAGGGUGUGGGCUCUCAGGACACUCCAGUGAAGGACGGAGUGGGGCCCAGCGGCUCUCCAGCCUGGCCGCCUGGCAGUACUGUACCCUGUGGCAGUCCUGCUGUGCUGUUUCUCGGUGAUAGGUCACAAAGGACUCAGGAGAUGCUGGGGGACUCUGUUCAGAGGAAACAGUUCUCAGCACCCACUUGUCUUCCAGAUGCCCAGAAAGGUAAUACAGUUUGUCGGAGCAGUUACGCUCUAGAUCUGCCCAGAGAAACCCUGCGUUCCCAGCAAGGGAGGAUGGGUGCAACUCUGGGGCCCUCAUCUCCACAGAGCACUGAUGUGUUAAAGACAGAUUUCAGGAAACCCAGCAGCACAGGACCAGCUUCACUGUGUCAGAAGCCUUUGAUAAAGUUAACUGCUCCAGUGACUGGCCAGCAAGAUAGUGGCUUUGACAGCCCACUUGUCAAUCUAGGCUAAUUAUGUGCUGUGUUUCAGAAUAGUCAUUAGUUACUAUUUAGAUAAGAGACUGGACGGGAAUACUUCAUGCUAACAAACCAUUAUGAGGUCUGCCUGCGAGUGUUCGUGUACUUGAUAGCCUUGUAUCUGAGGACAGUGUUCUUCUCAUGAAGUUACUUGAGGCUCUUAUGCUGCCGUAAUGUUGGAGGCCUGAAUGGCGUGCUGUGU